AAGCAACGACGGCACAGCACUGCUUCAGCAUCACAACAGACGUCCCAAUCCUCCAACCAUGAACGCCAUUCGCUCAAUCGUUGUGGUCGCCAUUCUGAUGGCUCUGGUUUACUCCACUUCCGCAUUCCCUGAACCUGGUGGUAUUGGCUAUGGAUUGGGAGGUGGAUUCGGUGGGAUAGGCCAUGGACUGGGAGGAGGAUUUGGCCACGGAUUAGGAGGAGGAUUUGGUCAUGGAUUAGGUGGAGGAUUCGGCGGAGUCUCUAUAGUCCGACCUGCGGUAAAGAAAGUCGUUACCGUCAGCAAAGGAAUCGGACACGGAGGAUUUGGAGGACUUGGAGGAUUCGGAGGACUAGGAGGAUUUGGAGGAAUUGGAGGAUUUGGAGGACGUUAUGGUGGCUAUGGAUGGUAACAUAGCAAAUAAUAAAUCAAAUAAAUGCGUAAUAAACUAAUAUGAAUCCA